AAUCAAUGCGCGGCAUGAAAUAGACGAUGACUAGGUUGCUGAAGUGACGGAGCAAUAAGCAACAGGAAAUCGCCGAUUUGUUCUGAUUAAAGGACGUCCAGUCACCCAGGGCCUGCGAGCUGUGCCGUUAUCUGUAGCUAUCAGCUGGUGUACUGGAGAAACAAUAUGGCAAACGUUUUGGACCUUGAAGACAUUGCAAAAACAUGGGCCUGGACAAAUUUUCUAAAAGUGCGUACCAAAGAAAACAGCAAACUCAGUUUCCAGGACGUGCAGAUGACCGUCAACUGGUCACGUGUUCGAUUCGUCACCGAGAAGCCGGAGUACGAGGACAAGAUAAUGGUGGAAAUUCCUAAAGCUCAGGUCGUGUUCAGAUCUACAUUUCACAACGAUACAGAACUAGAACAAGAGCAUUCAUUUCAGACUGAAAGAACGACAGCGUGUGUCAGUACCACGUCUUUAGAAAAGGGGUUCACUAAGGGUUUCAAUGUGGAACUUAAACUGGGGCUUCCACAGGAAGUGGCCGAGAUCACGGCGGGAUUUGGACGAGAGGUAAAUAUGCAGACAGGAUUUGAGGACACUACCGAGAAUUCCUUGACCUGGACUGUAAAUAGCACUAUUAGGGUCAAGGGCAACCAUUCUGCCACGGCGGAUCUAGUGGUACGGGAAAGUGAAUUUAAUGCCAACUAUAAAAUGUCGGUGAAAAUUCGAGGAAUAGUGAUUGUUUCAUUAACCAAUAUUAAGGACAACAAUUCUUUCAUUCAAUCUUUUGAGGGCGAUUUUGCGCAGAUGAUGAAAGACGAGCAAAAGAAAGGCACUAGUGGGUUUACGAUUGAAGGCAGGACAGUACAUUGGCCCAUCGAGGGUAAGUGUAGCUUCCGGUUUGGGGUGGAGCAGCAAAUUAAACUCAAAGAGGAACCACAUGGAAACUAAGAGAGGAACUAGAUCUGAUUGACUGGUGCAACGUAAACUGAUAAAUUGAUUUACUAGUAUACUGAGAGAGGGGCUAGAAGAUCUCUGUCGCUGGUGUGACGUAAACUGAUAAAUUGGUUUACUAGUAUACUGAGAGAGGGGCUAGAAGAUCUCUGUCGCAACGUAAACUGAUAAAUUGGUUUAUUAGUAUUUAUCUAAUGAUUGAUUGUAUAUCUAGGCAUUAGUAAUGUAUACUCAAUAACCAAAUUCCUGAAAUGUUUAAUUUCAAAGAUGAUUCACUAUGUAACCUUAAAUUUCUUUGGUAAGAUAAAUUGGGCUAUUUAUCAUCACGAUAAAAAUUAAUUUCCUA